UAAUUUGAACAGAUCAAUAAUUUGAAUUUUCAAUUAUGAUUUCUAUACCAACAAUCAAAUGAGUUUUUAUUUAGUUUAUUUAAAUAAUACAAAAUUAUAGAAUGAAGUACUGUUGAAUAUAUCAAAAUGAAGAUCACUACUAGUCGCUAUGCUGUUAUACUAGCGAUUCAAACUUUUUUAUUGAUAACAGAUUGGAAUAUUAAUAUCUUCGCUUUGAUAGCACGACAAAGUAACGUUUUAAUGUUGAUUUUCUUUAUUGUCCAGGAUGUCUGUUUGAUAUUUUCUCUUUCCCUGCUGCUACUAACAUUCUUUUCAACUUAUGUUUUCCAGACUGGAUUGGUGUAUCUUCUCUACGAGAGAUUUAGAACCACCCUAGUAAUUUGCAUGCUCUACUUUAUUCUAACUACAGUUGUUCAUAUUUGGUCUCUAGCUACAAGAUGGAAUAACUCAAAGUACAGCUGGACCACAGGAUUUUUCAUUUUGUUUAUUGUACAGAGAAUAACUGCUGCCAUCUACUAUUAUUGGUACAAAAGGGCUUCCCUAAGAAUAAGCGACCCCAGAUUCUAUGAUGACAUAGACAUACCUGCUGAAAAACACCAUCAGAGUCAACAUCAAAUUGAAUAAAAAAACUGAUAUUAUUACUUAAAUAAAUAUGUAAUUCUUUCUUACACAAUUACCAAUUUUUAACCUAAAAAAGAGAAACUAUACACAUACAAAUUAUUACAAAUCCUUCUGUACUGGUACACACAAAAAAAUACACAAUAUUAUCUAUAUUUAAAGUAAUAAAUAUGUAAAAGAAUUAUUAUUAAAUUUGUUUUACUUAACGUUUUAGAAUUUAUGACAAGAGGUACAAAUCGGAAUUCCAAUCCAAAAAAUAUUUUAUUACUAUUAAUUUAAUCAGAAGCGUCAUCUAGCAACGCAAACUUGUUGCUUCCCUGGAAGUUUGGAGGCUCGGCUUCUUGAAAUUUGGGCAACUCUUUUUCUGAUCGAUC